CGGGGCUGAAGAAGCAGUUCUACAAGGCGAGCCAGUUGGUCAGCGAGAAGGUCGGAGGGGCCGAGGGAACCAAGCUGGAUGAUGACUUCAAAGAGAUGGAGAAGAAGGUGGAUGUCACCAGUAAGGCUGUGACGGAAGUGCUGGCCAGAACCAUUGAGUACCUGCAGCCCAACCCAGCCUCGCGGGCCAAGCUGACGAUGCUCAAUACGGUGUCCAAGAUCCGGGGCCAGGUGAAGAACCCCGGCUACCCACAGUCGGAGGGCCUCCUGGGCGAGUGCAUGAUCCGCUAUGGGAAGGAGCUGGGCGGCGAGUCCAACUUCGGUGACGCCCUGCUGGACGCCGGGGAGUCCAUGAAGCGCCUGGCUGAGGUGAAGGACUCCCUGGACAUAGAGGUCAAGCAGAACUUCAUCGACCCCCUCCAGAAUCUGUGUGACAAGGACCUGAAGGAGAUCCAGCACCACCUGAAGAAGCUGGAGGGCCGCCGCCUGGACUUUGACUACAGGAAGAAGCGCCAGGGCAGGGUCCCUGGCGAGGAGCUGCGCCAGGCCCUAGAGAAGUUCGAGGAGUCCAAGGAGCUGGCUGAGACCAGCAUGCACAACUUGCUGGAGACCGACAUCGAGCAGGUGAGCCAGCUCUCUGCCCUGGUGGACGCCCAGCUCGACUACCACCGGCAGGCCGUGCAGAUCCUCGAGGAGCUGGCUGACAAGCUGAAGCGCAGGAUGCGGGAAGCCUCCUCACGCCCCAAGCGGGAAUACAAGCCCAAGCCCCGGGAGCCCUUUGACUUCGGAGAGCCUGAGCAGUCCAAUGGGGGCUUCCCCUGCACCACGGCCCCCAAGAUCGCAGCUUCGUCAUCUUUCCGAUCUUCCGAUAAGCCCAUCCGGACCCCCAGCAGGAGUAUGGUGCCCCUGGACCAGCCAAGCUGCAAGGCCCUGUAUGACUUUGAGCCCGAGAACGACGGGGAGCUGGGCUUCCACGAGGGUGACAUCAUCACGCUGACCAACCAGAUCGACGAGAACUGGUACGAGGGCAUGCUCAACGGCCAGUCUGGCUUCUUCCCCCUCAGCUACGUGGAGGUGCUCGUGCCCCUGCCUCAGUGACAUGCUGCAUCCCACUCCCCCGACUCCUCCAUCCACACUGCUGGCCGGGCUCCUGUGUUCCACUCGGCUCCCAACUCGCGGCACCUCACCCCUACAGCGAGUGCAGUGCUUGGAGCCCGCAGGCGGUGUGGGGGCGGCUCUUACCUUCAGGCAGGCCAGGGGCCCCUGUUUACACUAGCACUCACCCCAGUGGCUAUGUGGGCUCCCUUCCCACUAGCCACCUCCUAGCCCAGCCCCAGAGGUGGGGCUGACACUAAGGUGCUCUUAGAAACACUAACGUUCCUCGUUCCUCCGUUCUUCCAGGGGCGGGUAACUCCAGGGUGGACCCCUCUUCUCCUCUUCCCACCCCAGCCCCCAUCUCCGUCCUGACUGCACUGGGGCCCAGCCCCACGCUGCCGGGAGGCCUGUACCCAGGCCCCGCCACCUUAACUGGGUGGAUCUGAGGCAGGACCCCUGGUUGUAGAUCCCUCACAGCCCCCAGCCCGUUGCUGGCAAUGGGCCUAGCCCCCAGUCCAGUCUCCCCAGUGCCUGUGGCCCACAGAGGCACUGCCCUGAAGCCUUGCACUCACGCUCCUUCCUGGCCUGCCGCCAGCCCUGCCUGUGGUCCAGGGACAAGGGCAAGCAGGGUUCCUGGAGCUGCCCCUCCCUCCCGUGGAGACACUCAGCUCACCUGCCCACUCAUACCACGCCUCCCCCUCCCCACCCUCACAAAGCCGAGUACCUUUGAGCUUCUAACUGCCCCCAGCCAAGCACACGGAGGUAUGUUUCUCUCUCAGGCAUGAGCUGCCACCACCAGCUGCACACACACACAGCCCCCAACACGCCUCCCAUGGGACCACGGGCCCCCACCUCCUGCUCUGCCGAAGGCCAAGCACAAAGGCUCUGAUUAGUGAAUGUUUCCAGACCCCUGGCUGCUGGGGCCUCCCGCUUCCUGAGCCAGCCGCCAUCCCUGCCCUGUCCGUAGUGAUCCGGGCCAUCUCCUCUAGACCAAGGCAGGGGCAGCUCCUGAGAUCCCUCCCCAGACCAGCAGAGCCCUCACCCCAGCAUCUGCUUCCCCUCUUGCCUAAUCCAAAAAUUGACUAAAUGGGGGACCUCUGGGCCUGGCUGUGGUCAUGCUCCCCUCCCACAGUGGCCCAGCAAAAGCCCGGGACACCAGUCCUGCUCUUCCCUGUGGCCCCCUUGCCACAUUACAUGGGGGCACACAGGCCCCAGCUGAGAUGAUCAGUAGGGCCUCAGUCAUGGUCUAGAGUGAAUCAAAAUGUACUCAUGAUUUUUUUAAAAAAGUAUUAAAUGUUUCUUUCUACA